CAUGUGGCUCCCCGUGGCUCUGAGCCUGCUGCUGGGCCACGUCUGCAGCGGAGCCCCCCUCAGCCUGUCCAGACCCAGCGGCCAGCACAAGGUCUUGCUGAUCUCCUUCGACGGCUUCAGAUGGGACUACGACCGCGACGUGGACACGCCCAACCUGGACGCCAUGGCGAUAGACGGCGUGAAGGCCCACUAUGUGACGCCACCAUUUUUCACCAUCACCAGCCCCACACACUUCACCCUGCUCACAGGUCGCUACGUAGAGAACCAUGGUGUGAUCCACAACAUGUGGUUCAACACCACGACCAAGGAGAAGAAGCCGUACUACCAGACUCAGUUUGUGAAUGAAUGGUGGGACAACGGGACGUUACCUAUCUGGAUCACAGCCCAGAGACAGGGUCUGAAAGCAGGUUCCCUCCACUUCCCGGGCACCGCUUCCUCCUACCAGGGCGAGCGCGCCAUGGCGACGGACGUGGAACCCGGUUUCUAUAACUACAAGAACGAGACGCUGUGGCGGCGGAACGUGGACAAGGUCAUGGGCGACUGGUUCGGGGACAUGGACCUGGACUUCGUCUCGCUGUACUUCGGAGAACCGGACGGCACUGGACACAGAUACGGGCCGGACUCUCCCGAGCGGCAGGAGAUGGUGAAGCAGGUGGACCGCACAGUCGGGUACAUCCGCAGCUCAGCGCAGCGCCACGGCGUGGCGGAGCGCCUCAACAUCAUCAUCACGGCCGACCACGGCAUGAGCAACGUGUACAGGAACGGCCUGGUGAAGGAGAUCGUGCUCUCCAAGAUCCCUGGCUUCUCCUUCAGUGACCUCUCCUUCCACCUGGUGGACUUUGGGCCCUCGGGCAUGCUGCUGCCUAAGGAGGGCCGUCUGGACAAGGUGUACUCCGCCCUGAAGGGGGCCCACCCGCACCUCCACGUCUACACCAAGGAGGACCUGCCCCAGAGGUUGCACUUCUCCAACAACAAUCGCAUCCUUCCCAUCAUCCUCUUCUCCGACCCUGGAUACGUCAUCAAUGGGUACCUCCCAGUGCAGUUCCACAACGGAGAGCAUGGCUUUGACAACGAGGAGAUGGACAUGAAGCCUUUUUUCAGGGCUGUGGGACCUGCCUUCCAGAGGAACCUGGAGGUCGGGCCCUUCGAGACGGUCAACAUCUACCCACUGAUGUGUCACAUCCUGGGGAUAAAUCCUGAGGUCAACGAUGGGCACCUAGACAACACCAGACACAUGUUGGCCUCCGAGAUCCAGGGUGAGUUUCUUGAUGUGAACAUCCUGGCCCAAGUUUUCACUGGUCUGUCUGCUGUGGCGGGGUUCCUGGUGGUGGUCUUCAUUGCUGCGAUGUCCGUCCGCCUCUACAGCAACAACGACAAGCGCAAGACUGAGGAGGAACUGCAUCACCAUGAGAAGGAGACAGAAAUUAAGCAAACAUCUUUAUGAACACCAAACUGAAUGUGCAUUCGCAUCACUGUUGGGGGACGAAGGCCCACGGAUGAAGGGAGAAGGAGACAAGGGGACAACUGGAAGAGGAGGAAAGGGGACAUGGGAUUUGGACAAGGGGACGAGGAGAAGUAGACAUGUACAGCAGGUUCCUGACUAGGCCGGGCUGUUAGCUUGCUGUAAGCUGAGACACGUUCCACAGAGAUCUGGUAUCACAGUUCCCCAUCUGCAUGAGAACAGACACAAUGCACCCUGGGAAACAGACACAAUGCACCCUGGGAAACUAGCAGUUGUAGUUGUUCACCUUGUUUAAGGCUCUAAAAAUGUCAAGGAAGA